UGUUGUUGUAGUUGUUAAAGAGAAGACAAGAAGCGUAUCCAUCGCGCACAGAGCUCACAGUUCAGUUCCAUUCUUCGUUAAACUGAAGCUCCCAGCUCAUCUUUCUCGCUCCAAAUUCAACUUCAGAUUUCGUUUACUGGAAGGGGAACCGUGAAAAUAAUAUGAGCAAGUCCGAUUCCGCUGCUUCUCAUAUGGGUUGGAUCCGUCAACAAAUUAUUUUUACUGUUGUCUCAAUUCACGAGUAACUCAAUGUGUCGAAGGAUAUGAGCCUGCUUUUUCCCGGUGCAUCUUUGGCUUCAUAGUUUACCUGCAGUUGUUGCAGUUUUUUUAUUUAUUAAUUUCUUCGAAUAAGGAUUGAAAUCUUCUCUCGGAACAAUAAUGGAAGCAGGAAAAUUUCUUGCACACUCCAAAACUGGCCCUUUUUGUUUCUCUAUCGUGAGCAACAAAGUCUCUCUUAGACCUUUCAACAAACAUUUUCAUGCUGAUGUGCCUACUCACGGUUAUCAAUUCCAGCCAAGACCUAAGCACGUUAGUCUUCAAUUGAAUUGCUCCUAUGGAAAACCCUUUUCCCCAUUACUGAAACCAACAAGAAAAAGGGCUGAUUCGCUACCUUCUUCCAGAUGCUCAAGCUCCAGUGAAGCCAGCACAGAAUCUCAUAAUACAGUCCUAAACUACUUCAGAAAUCUCUCAUUUGAUUCAGUAAAAGCUACUCUUCAGCAGUUAACUCCAAUUGACAUAGUGAAGUGGUCUGGGAUAUUAUCUGUCAUAACUGCAGCUACAAAAUGGACUGCGAAUGUGCUCUUUAAUCCUUUCUUCUGGAUGUAUUUUAGCUGGACUUGGUUGUUCUGGCCAUGGUUGGUGGCCAUAGUGCUUGCAGUUUAUGGGUUAUUUUGCUUUCGGAAACAUCUGCGUGGCGAGGCAAACAUAUUUGAGCAAUUGGCAAUUGUUACAUCAGUUUUUACAUGGCUCACUCUUGUUCCACCGGGUCAUGUCAAUGGCUACCUUGAAGGAUGGCCUUUUGUUUUCUUUUUCGUGUAUCAUUACUUCUUUUUCUUCAACGUUAGCGUUCGAAAGCGGUUAUAUGGAGACUAUUAUGCUCGGCCCCAUGACCCAAAGUGGGAUGUGAACUUGCCAAUGUGGCCUCGCCUUUUGUUCAGUGCUGGAGUCAUGGUUGGCCACUGGCUUGUAGCAUUUGAAGGACCAGAGCUACAUCGCAUACCGGGUGGGUGGAGCAAUCUUGGAAUCUGGGGUUUGAUAAUUUCAACUCUCCUAAUGCAUUAUAAGGCCACAUUGUAUCUUGCCAAUUAUUCAGAGAAUGUGGUGGAGCCAACUUCUGUUGUGCAAUUUGGACCGUAUCGCUGGGUCCGUCAUCCAAUAUAUUCAUCAACCAUGCUUUUGUUUGUAACAUACUGUAUCGCACUUCGAGCUCCUUUGAGUAUGCUGUUCAUUGUGGCGGUUUGUUUGUUGUAUUAUAAGCAGAAGGCAGAUAUAGAGGAGGCUUUGAUGGUUGAGUCUUUUGGCAAGAGCUACACAGAAUAUGCCAACAAAGUUAAGUACAAGUUCAUUCCUUUUAUCUAUUAGUUGUUCUCCAGAAAGGUCUUUGUCAGUCAUCAAUAUGAUUUGGAAUAUCAGGUUUAGGCAAAACAGUGUAACUUGUCCAAAUCCUAGAAAGUGUAUGACUUUAUUACUCUUUUUAUUAUCUUUUUAGAACUAAACCCUUAUCCUGUGGCAUUCUUUGUACUUGUGGUGAUUUACUUUCGAUUUUUGAAUA